CCAACCAACCAAGCUGACUAGGAUGAAGAAGGUUAUUGUUAUCAAGAUGAGACAUCAUGCAGGUAUACACAUGUGCCAUAACCUUACAUACAUACAAUGCUAGUUAAGGAUACUGGUCCAUAAUUCUCAACUCUGUCCCUCUGUCCACUCUUAUGAAUUGGCACCACUCGCGCUAGUUUCCAAUCACCAGGAACAACGCUGUUAUUUAAGGAAUUUUGAAAUAAGCGACAGAAGUACAAAGAUGCCCGAGCAAUUUAUAAAGAAUGAUGUAGGGAUAUCAUCCGGAUCACACACUUCUGUUCGUUUCAAACUCUGUAAUAAUCGCUCGAUGCUCGUCACACUAAAUACAAACUCAGACAUUUCGCCGGCUCCGACCGGAAAAUCAACUCUAUUAACCCCACUAAUGUUUGAAUGAGUAGACUGAAAUAUUGAUGAAAAGUAUUUAACAAAAAUGUCGACCUUACUUGAGUCGUCAUUAACAAUUCUGUCGGACCAGUGCAAGUGUGGAACAGAAGUGUCAUCCUUACCGUUUCCCUUAACAUAUUUCCAAAAUUCCUUAGGAUCGUCCACUAAUCUCUGCCCCAAGUUCGCAAAAUAUGUGUGUUUAGCAGAUCCAGUGAGCUCUCUAAAGCUACGUUUUAACUCAACUGUAUGUGACGACUAUUCGAUUUCUUAGUUUUAAUCUGCCGAUAGAUUCUUCUAAUUUUUCGUAAUAAGGAACGGAGUCAACGGUGAAACCAUGGCUUAUCUUUUGCACGUUUGGAAGACAGAGUUCGAAGGGGAACUGUGAUAGCGCCGACAGGCGUCGUCAGUGCUUGUUAUCAGAAGCGGAUAAGCAACCGCCAGCGGGUAUAAGAAGCACGCGCUGUUCCGAAUAAAGCAUUCUCUGUUCCGGAGCCCGCUGGUCUUCUAGCUCGUCACGCUGCGCGCCUGGGCGCGUGCCCGCCCGCACAUAGUACAUAACAAAUGGCGACGAGGACGGGAUCGACGCAAGUGGCUUCCCGGGACCGUGGAGGAUGCUGACAACAAGCGCAGCAGGCAACCAGGCCAGGGCGGCGGAACCUCAAGGAAACGGCAACAUGUCAAAGCACGCAGAUACGUCUACCCCAUGCCAGUCAUCCCAGCCAGCCAUUCCAGAGCACCUGCCGUACGCAGGCCCCCAGACAGUCCCGGCGGGUGUGCCCGGGAGCACGACGGGUGUGCACGAGCGGGACCAGCCCAUGGAGGGAGACCGUCAGCCAAUGGGUCAACGAGAGCAUCUUCAAACAAAUCCAGAGGAUGAGGCAACCGUUCAGCCCACGACCCCCACACCAGCACGGCCCCUAUGCCAGGCACCCGUCCAGCCCACGCCACCCGAGCCACCUGCCGUACCACGUAGAAGUUCCCGACAGCGGCACCAACCUGUUCGUUACGAGUCGGAGGACUUUCGCAAAGGAACUUAAUUGUGGGGGAAGGAAUGUGAUAGCGCCGACAGGCGUCGUCAGUGCUUGUUAUCAGAAGCGGAUAAGCAACCGCCAGCGGGUAUAAGAAGCACGCGCUGUUCCGAAUAAAGCAUUCUCUGUUCCGGAGCCCGCUGGUCUUCUUGCUCGUCACGCUGCGCGCCUGGGCGCGUCCACGCCCGCACGUAGUACAUAACAGGAACAAAGUCAUCUCGCACUUCCAAAAGCUUGUUUUUAAGUACCCCCCAUAACUCUGCCACGUUUAAUUCAUCAGCCAAUGUGUCAAAAGUAGGAAAAUAAGAUUCAAGUGCCGAUUUUAGUGCAGCGUAGUUAGCCCUGUUAUAUGCAUACACAGUUCUAGGAGGUUUUUUGAUACACACACAUUUCGAAAGAUAGUGCCGGCUACAAUAACAUUAUGAUCGCUUAUACCAGGCAAAACACGUACAUUUGAUAGAAUGCUUGGUGCAUCACAAAGCAACAGAUCAAGCACAUUACCAGUGCUAUCAUUACGCAAAGGGUCUCUUACGAACUGAUGGAGCAUAUCUUCGUGCACAACCUCAAGGAAAUCUGUAUAUUGACUGCCUGUUCUGUUCACAGAUGCAAAACCAGCAAAUAUAUUGUUACGGAGUUAAAAACAGUCAGAUGUGUAUUUACAGAAUAUUUACAAUGAUUAUAGCAGCUGACAAGAUGGUAGACAGCGCGCGAAGACCAGAACAUCGUCGUCUUCCGACGAUGAUUAAAACAUCUUCUUCGUCAGCGUGUCACAUGACCCCCGCCGGCUGAAGCACCAGCUCGGUGCUGGUUAGGAGGCGGGCGAGUGUGAUACUAAAGACGGGCGAUGUGGACCACGUCGGAGCGAUGGUGAGCCACGGUUGGCUCGAGAGGGGCGAUUUCGUGUGCGACGUCAGUUACUUGACGCAAGACACAGUAAGGGCCGGAGUAGCAUGAAAGUAACUUAUCCGAGAGGCCAACGCGUCGCGAUGGCGACCAAAGGAGAACCAGGGCGCCCGGUGUGCAAUGGACGUCACGAUGGCGGCCGUCAUAUAAGCGCCGCUGAUUGUCCUGCGACUCCACAAGUCGACGUCGAACAAUAUGGCGUGCUUCUUGCGCUUUGAGGAUGGCUUCACGGACGCAUUCGGGUGUGGAAUUCAGACUAGCAGGAAGAAUGGUGUCGAAAGGCAACGUAGGGUC